UUUCAGAGUUGUUUUUCUUUGGUAAAGGAGCUCUUCCUUGUUCUCGCUAUUACACCGGUCUUUGACCACACAGCUCUCAAAAGCUAUUUAGAGUGAUUGGUAAAAGAAACCAUAACCAACGCUCACAGCAACAGAAAGGAUGAAUUUCCUUGUGGAGUUAGUCCUGUUUCUGCCCUUAAUGAUCAUUUUCUAUUUAGAAUGUUUUGUCAAGCUUUUUAUUCCAAAAAAAAGAAAAUCAGUCACCGGAGAAAUCGUCCUGAUUACUGGAGCUGGACAUGGAAUUGGGAGACUGACUGCCUAUGAAUUUGCCAAACUAAAAAGCAAACUGGUUCUCUGGGAUAUCAAUAAGCAUGGCAUAGAGGAAACAGCAGCUGAAUGCAGAAAGCUGGGUGCCCAGGCUCAUUCCUUUGUAGUAGACUGCAGUAAUCGAGAAGAUAUUUAUAAUUCUGCAAAGAAGGUAAAGGCAGAAAUUGGAGAUAUUAGUAUUUUAGUAAAUAAUGCUGGUGUAGUCUAUACGUCGGAUUUGUUUGCUACGCAAGACUCUCAGAUUGAAAAGACCUUUGCAGUCAAUGUACUUGCACAUUUUUGGACUACAAAGGCAUUUCUCCCAUCGAUGAUGAAGAAUAAUCAUGGCCAUAUUGUCACUGUGGCUUCAGCAGCUGGGCUAAUUGGGAUUCCCUUCUUAAUGGCUUAUUGUUCAAGUAAGUUUGCUGCUGUUGGAUUUCAUGGAGCUUUGACUGAAGAACUGGAUGCCUUAGAAAAAACCGGAAUCAAAACAACAUGUCUCUGUCCUAAUUUCAUAAACACUGGCUUCAUCAAAAAUCCAAGCACCAAUUUGGGACCCACCCUGGAACCUGAGGAAGUUGUAAAUGAGCUAAUGAAUGGAAUCCUGACUGAGAAGAGGAUGGUUUUGGUUCCAUCCUUUCUAAGGGUUUUAUAUGUCUUAGAUAGGCUUUUACCUCAGCGUUACUGGGAAAUUUUAAAACGAAAGAUAAAUGUUAAGUUUGAUGCAGUUGUUGGAUAUAAAGCAAAAGAACAAUAAGCGCCUGGUUUUCUUGAAAACUGAUUUACCAGGGUUAAGUUGAUUUCAUUUAAUAAUAAUAAUCAGAACUUUAAUAUUUUAAACUUUUUUUCCUAAUUAUCCUGUUUUCUUCAAUGUCACCUUUUGGUACCAUGGCAUACUGGCUUAUUACUACUUGUUCUUUAGGUAAAAGCUAACUUCAUGUAAUACGGACAUAGACAUUAAGAGUUUACCUUAUGGAAAAUGAUGAGAAAAGAACAAAAGCAAUUUCAUCACAAUAAUUUUCCAAAUUUUGUUACUCAUCUAAAAGUUUGCAAAAUUUGUGCUACAGAUGUUUAAGAUAUCAUAUUUUUAGUGCACUUAACAUGUUUUAUAAUUCACAUAUUUCCUUUUCUAUUCUGUAUAAAAUCAGAAACUUCAAACUCCAAAUAUAACGAAGGAUUACAUAUCUAGUAGCAUUUCACAGUGAAUUUAUUGAUCUUUCAAAUGUUUCAUCCUAUAUGUUACCACCCUCUCCUGAGAGACGCUUCACAUUUUAAAGUCAAACAUUUCAGCAUAAGAAAAGUAGAGAUGGAUACGUGUUGCAAAUUUAAAAGCAUCACUGGGAUUUAAGGCUGAGAAUUGGGAGACAGUACUUAUAAAUGCAACAAUAAUAAAUGGACCAAACAUCAA